UAUAAAUUUCUCUUUCCACCCCAACGUUCAUUCACACUUCAACCAAAUUAUUCUCUUAUAUCCCUAGAAGCCCAUACUCCAAAAGGCAAUAUGGCUGAAACCAAGAUCUUUGAAACAGAUCUCUGGGGCGAGCAUCGUGGCCGCCAUCCUUCCAUGCCCGACCUCAAGAAUCGACUCUCCGUGGAGAUCAGGGAGAAGCUUGCCAACGAAGUCGCGGGACGACCGGGGACAGCCUAUGUUGACUACAAGGGCCGCAUUAGAAAGGUGGCCGAUCACGGAAAGCUUUACGAUGACGCCCAUGCAGAAGAGCUCACUUUCGGCCCGGACGGAUCUGACACUGGCAAGAAUUGGCAUGGCUGGACUACCGCUCAUUUGAAGGUUGAGUUUGACGUUGAGUCUAUUUAAUGUUCAUACAUAGUCUUCAAAUUGAUUAAGUUAUCGUUACAUACAGCCAAAUGCAGUCGAGAGUAC